UUCCAGAGCGCGUGUGCGUGUGUGAGUGUGUGAGUGUGUGAGUGUGCGUGGGCAUUUGUGAGGUGAGGGGGAAGAGCAGGGAGCCACGGCCUGGCUGGGAUGAGCCAACAGCACGGUUGGGUUGAUGCUUAGAAGCUGGCUACUGUGAAACUUAGCAGGACUUUCUCCUAUGCUUUGAAAUAGCGAGCGAGCUGGUGCCUGCACCUUUUAAAGCAGUGGGUGUCCUUGUCUUUCUGAUGGGAACACGCUCAGAAAAACGUGUUGCUGGCAAACCAGGAGCAGCACCAGAGAGCCAAGCCCCAGAGCCAACCCUCCUGCAAAGGGCAUCCCUCUGCAUCCCCCCAUCACGCACUGCGCAUUGAGGCACCCCGGGGCAGCCCUGAGGCUGACACUUGUGGCUGCUCCCAGCCCCGUGCUGCUGUGCUGCAGUGUGCUACCAGUGCACCCGGGGCACGGGGGUGGCAUGGGGGAACCUGCUUGGUGUGCUCCUGGCUGCAGGCAGCACUGAGAUGGGUUUAACCAGGGGGUAACACUGCAUCACCUUGGGGCAGGGUUAAAAAAAGACAUUGGCUUCAUUUGGGGUAAUUGGAAGAGUGGGAAUAGGCAUACAUAUCUAUAAGAGUGGGAAUAAGUGUAUAUAUAUAUAUAUGUAUACAUGUGAGGUAGGAGCAAUGUAGGGGCUGUUGGCACUCCAAAAGCCCCGUGUUACCGGUCAGACAGUCACAGCGAGACAAGAAUGAGUCAAAUGGAAAUGUCACCUCCCUGCUGUGAGCAGUCAGCCCCCCCGCAGCCCUCCGCCGCCGCUCUGCUCGUUGCAGGCUUUGGCCCACAGUGCAGCCGGCAGCAGCUCUGCGUGCCUGCAUGGAGCUGCAAUUCUGCAACUCAUGGUGCCGGCAGCGCAACCCUGCAGUGCCUGAGCUUGGAGAGCAGAGCUGGGUGCAGCGGGGGCUGCUCGGCUCUGGGAGCACGGAGGGAGGAUGAAGGGGUGGGAGCUGCCGCCCCUCUGCUGAUCCUGGGGGUUUGGGGGGUGAUGCUGGUUUGGCCAGCGUGGGUGGAUGGGGAGGGUUGAGGGAGAGGGUGGGAAGGUAGGGCUGGAGAGGAGAAAUUCGGACGUAGCGCAGUGCCCUCCUGGAGGCCUGAGCAUCCGCAGCCCUCCGUCCCUGCUCAGCUGCAGGCACAGGUCGGGCAGCUCAGACAUGAGCAAAAACAUGCAGGGAGAUGCAGAGCACGGGGAAGGGCGCACCAAGGAGCAGCCCUGAGGGACAGACUCCUGUCCUCACGUCCUCUCUGCUCACUCAGAAAGCGCCUGGAGGUGCAAACUGCAGCACCUGGCCAACGCCGGCAGCAGGAAGAGAGCAGCUGAGCUUAUCUUGAUUGUAGAAGUACUUACAGCAGGCCUGAAAACUGGGGGCUUUUUAGCUCCAAACCCUUCUAUAGCAAGGACAAUUUGUUGCUCAGACAUCCCCAAUUCCAGGCCGUGGGGAUUCGUUUGCAGGUGUAAUUCUCACAUAGGAACCAGCAGCCUUUAGUGAGCAGCUGCAGGGUGACGUGGGGAUGUCCCCAAGUGCAGCUCACAUCCACCACAGCAGGAGGAGCAGGCAAGGAAACAACGUGCCUCUGCUGCUGUGGGCUCACCCCACACCCCCACCUGUGCUGUCUGACUGCUCUGCCCCCGAGUUCCCCCGUUUGUAAAGCAGGAUGUGGUGCAGGCUCCCCAUAACGCGUUGCUUUGAGAGCUGUGGGCAAAAGUUUGCUGUGAGCAGGCAGUCAGAAUUAAGAGCUGCAGGUGUGUGGGAGAGCCAUUAUCCAGAAAGCCAGGGAAGCAGAGAGACGUUUCCCUAGGAGGCUCAUUGGGCUGAUACGGAGGAGCCAUGCAGAUGUAACCAGGAUGCUGUGCCACCAUCUGACAGCCCUAAAUAAGGGCUGAAAGGCUGCUUCGUGUCAUUAGAACACACUCUGGAAGAUCUCUGUGCCCUCCCUGAGGCUGUCAGCCAUCGUAAUACCCUGACCUCCAUGGAGCUGCAUUGCUUUGUGCCAUUCGUCCCAGCUUUCCAUGGAGGGACACUGCUGGAACAACCAUUUUUCUCUUCUUUUUCUUCCCCUUUCAUCUCUGUGGUGGCAGCAAACAGAAGACUCCAAAUGAGAGCCAUGGGUUGGGCCAACCCCAGCAGCAGUGCUUCCAGCAGCCCCCCAGUGCUGGGACAGAGCAGUGAGGAAUAGCCAAGCAGAUGGAGCUGUGCAUCAAGCUCAGUGCAGAGGCAUCAGUUUGACACGUGCAUUUAAAGUGGAACCGAUGAUUUUUUGGCCAGAUUAGGGCAUUUUUAGGCAUAUGGAGAGAGAAAUAACUAAAGCUUCAACCACACGUAAACGCUGGGGUUAUUUUGCUUGUGGCUCACACUGCCAGGAGCACAACACCCUGGGCAGGAGGAAACGGAAACACUCUGUCACCUCUCUGCAUGCAGAACUGGGGAAAACCCCCUUCAUCCCAGCGCUGCUGUCACCAGGCAAGGCUCACCCCAAGCACCAGGGCAGGAUGCUGCUGUGCCACGUGGCACCAUCAGUGCUGGGCCGUGGGGUUCUGACCUGCAGGACCCAGCUCCAGCGGAACCAGCAUCACCCAGUCCUGCUUCUUCAUCUCCAUGGAGACGUGCAAGGAGCAGCGCAGAUGGUGGUAUGCAAAACAGAGCGAGAAAUAAUGCAGUUUGAAUGGGAUCAGCUGCAAAUCUCAAGGAGCUGCAGGUCAAGCUGGGAGCUUCCAGAUCUACUGGAUGGUAAAAUCCAGGCCAUCAGCGACUCGGAUGGAGUGAAUUAUCCCUGGUACGGAAACACGACAGAAACCUGCACCAUCGUGGGUCCCACCAAGAAGGAGUCCAAGUUCAACAUCAGCAUGAACGACAACUUCUACCCGAGCGUGACGUGGGCAGUGCCCGUCAGCGACAGCAACGUGGCCAAGCUGACGAGCAUCCACCGGGAUCAAAGCUUCACCACCUGGCUGGUCGCCACCAACACGGCCACCAACGAGAUGGUGACCUUGCAGACUAUCAAAUGGAGGAUGAGGCUGGGCAUAGAGGUGAACCCCAGCAGACCCCUGGGGCAGCGUGCCAAGCUGCAGGAGCCCUCGGCUCAGGAGCAGCCCCAGGUCCUCAGCAAGAAUGAGCCAAUACCACCCAGUGCCCUUGUCAAACCCAAUGCCAACGAUGCUCAGGUACUCAUGUGGAGGCCAAAGGACGGACCGCCGCUCGUGGUGAUACCUCCCAAGCACCGAUAGUAAAAAUCCUGGCGUCCCGGCACUGAAAGGGAGAAAAACAAAACUGGAAACAACGCAAAACAAUCACUUAGGUGUUAGAAUAAACACGUAUAAUCUGAGCGAAAUCAAAAAUGCACUUUUUAGUCAUUCAACAAAUGCAACCAUUCUACCUUCUCCCAUUGGGACGGAUUUCACUGUGCUAAAGCUAAAGAGGAGACCUCAGGGCGGGGUCUGUCUCACCACUGGAUUCCUAAGGGAAGAAACGAACACUGAUGUCUACCAGUAUUGCUUUUUUUGUUCUCUUCCCUAUUUCAGUUCCUGUUUGAACUUCAGUCUCAUUAGCUUGCCCGGACUGCCCACAACAAUAAGAGCAUUUUAUUUGGGAUUUUAAGAGUCUUCUUUUUUCCUUUUUUCCUUCUCCUUUUUGGUUGAGAACAGAAGUUCCUGGGGCAACAAGUCAACUAUUUAAGAUAAGGAUUUUUCUUUUUUAAGCUGUAAGGUUCUGAGUUGCAAAUCCAAGUCAUGCGGCCUUAUGUAGACUUUGCUUUGCAUUGCCAAACUUUUGCCUUAAAGCUACGUCUGAAAACAACAACAACAACAACAAAAAUACCACCGGGCAGAAUGUCCUUUCUACAGAGCUUGUGGGAAAAGAGCUUCGGAGCGAGGAGAAGACGAUCAGCACGUCACAGGUGAACGAGAAGGGCAUGAGAUUGGAAGAAGCGCCAUCAAAAGAAAAACCUUCCUGGUUUUAAAUCGAGGAAGCUCAGAAAUCAUCUCAGUUUCAAAGCAAUGCAAAUAAACUGCUGUAGGAUGGAGCUCCGUGGCCAUCUCCCUGCUCAGCAGGAGGAGUCGAGCUCACCCCAUUUGCACUUCUCGGCGUCGUAACACGGGAUAAUCUGAUGGGCAGAGCCAGCAGCUGCAGCCACAGCCUCGGGGUCACCACCGUGUGCGGAGGCAUUGAGACACGCGGGUGUAAGAGAGGGCAGAUCCAUCCACCACGUCUACCCAGCAAUAGCCACAAUUCAGGAACAGCCGUGUCUGAGCCCAGCAGGCACCAUUCCUAGCAGACACUAGAGACAAAAGCUACAAAGAACUCUUCUUCCUACGGUAACGAAUCACGUUGGGGUUCGUAGGUAUUUUUCUUCCCAAUGACCUCAUGAUCUACACAACUUCCAGGACCGGGGUGAGACCGUACCCAUCUGGUUAUGUAGCCAAGGAUCCUGCACGGGGCGGUAAGCAGGGAAGACCCACACCUUGGGUGUAGAUCCUCCAGUCAAGAAAAGCGCAUUUGGAGCAGGAGCCAAAACCUGGCUUUCAGCAAGAACCUCAUCCAGAUGGCUUCAGAGAUAGCAGAUGUGUUUCUGCAGAGGAAGGAGGUGCGGGAAGGUUGCUCUAAGAGGGGAGGAGGCAGGGGGUGCCUGUGGCAGCGCUUUCUGUGAGAUAACGUUUCUUCCUUCUAUUCACAACACGCCUCCAGAGCUGGGGCUGAGCAGAGCCCAGCUGCAGAUGCUCCCAGCCCUGCAGAGCUGGUCCGAGCAGGUCUCGGUCCCACGCUCGCUGCUCAGAAGGCUCUCCCAUGGGGGAGCACCAUUCGCUGCUAUUGCCACCUCCUCCUCCCCCACAACAAGAAUUUCUCCUCCUUUGCUUCGCCAAAGCCGCACCACCUAUUAUGGCAACGGGUUCAGCAUCUCCCCUGCGUGGGGAAAACACGCCCCACAACCGCCUCAAACCAGCAAACGUGGAUGUGGGGUCCCUGCAGCUGCCCCCCCCCAGGCAGGGUGCCCUCCUCCCUGUGCUGCAGAGCUGCUCUCCCCCUCCAACAGGAGACCCUGCAGGUAGGCAGGCUGACAUCACGAGCAGCUUGCAAACAACUGGACUGGAUCAACCCCAAACCCAUCAGCCAAAGGUUGCCUGCAUCGAGGCUUUGGGACGAUAAAGGAUGAAGCUAGGGAGGCUUUGACUUGCACAGUCACUCUCUAUUAAACUCCAUUUUCUUACAUGGAUUCAGAUCCCAACUACAGCUGUACCGGCGCAGCCCUCAGGACUUGGCAGUAUUUUAUCCUAGGCAAUACAUGCAGAAGAGGACAAAAUGGGAGCUGUGGGUGAUUGCUGGUAACACUUGCACACACCUCUGCUGCUGCUCCGGGCAGACCGGCGGGUGGGAGUAGAAGGGGUAUUUAUGUCUGGUAUUCACUUUGUCUCCAGGUGCUGAGUACUUACAGUUCUCACUGAUGUCAGCAUGGGUCGAACAAACGGGGCCCAGUUGUCUUAAUUAGCUGCACAAAGGAAUUCCAAGGAAAGAUUUAUUCUCAGUCACCAAAAAUCACAUUCAGGGAACACCUAUGUCCUUUUCCACUUCGCUUCGUGUUGGACUCAGUUUCUCCCAGCACAUUGAGUACAUCUGUUUCCUUCUCCCUGUACCUGGUGGACUGGAUGCACCCAUGCAAUUCCAUACCGACCUCCUGGCUAAGUUGUCCCGUCGCACUGAACAGACCCAGCUGAGCAGUAAAUACAAAAUCCAACCUUCACUUUGGGUCAGCUUUGCAUGGACCUCUCCCUCCCCAAAGAAUGCCUUUAUCCCGUGCCUAGUUUGGACCGUGCCCCCCUCCGCCUCCAUCCGCACCACCACACCCAGCAUAGAAAGUGCUGCUGCCUCUGGUGAGAUCUCACGCUUUGUGGUUACAAACGAUGUUUUUCCAAUGCUGCUUCAUUGCAAAACUGACAAGGACAGAUGGGCUGUAUCUGAAAGGAAGGGUGGCUGGAAGGGGUGGGUGCUGCCGGCACCGCUGGGUGACAGCUGGGGAGUGGGGUGGGGAUCCAGGGCAUCCAGGAGAGUAAGCUGCUGCUCUGGCAGCAUUCUGCAGCAAAACUGGAAAGGAUGCACUGGGAAGGGGAUGGAGCACGGAGCACUGUGCUGCCCCAGCACUGCCAGCAGCACCAGGGUCAGGAGCCCAGCUGAGCAAACCCAGACUCAGAGCAGUGGGGGGAGGGGGGAAAGAAGGGGAGGUGGGUUGGCCCAUUCAUUCUGCACGGCCCUGGGAAGGCGAGGGGUGAGGCACAGCAAUAAGACUUGUCCUUGGUCUUGCAGAGAUACUGUGAAAACAAACCCACGAUGUACCAAGUCUGGACACUCAUGGCGAUGUAAAAACAAAACCCUGCUUUUAUAACAGACGGAAAAAUAAAAUGAAGUUUUCAAACCCGCCUGCCUGAA